AAACAGAGUGAAGAGAUGGGAAUUUUGAGGGAAGAUGUUGUAGUGGUAAGUCCAGCGGAAAAAGCUGGAGAUCCCACUGUUAUAUCCGUGAAUUGCCCUGAUAAGACUGGUUUAGGCUGUGAUUUGUGUAGGAUUACUUUACUAUUUGGUUUAAGCAUUACUAGAGGAGAUUUCUCAACAGAUGGGAAAUGGUGCUACAUAGUGCUUUGGGUGGAUGGAAAAACAAACACAAGGUGGGAUUUGCUGGAAAAAAGGCUAUUGGAAGUUUGUCCAUCGUAUUUUUCGACAUCCGGAAUCGACUAUUACAGGACUGUAAAUCAACAGCCAAAGCAAUUGGAUGUGUUUCUUUUGAAGUUUUGGUGCUCUUGUGAUAGGAAGGGACUAUUACAUGAUAUAGCUCAAGUCCUUUUCGAUCUGGAGCUUACAAUAAAGAGAGUGAAGGUAUCCACAACUCCUGAUGGAAAAGUGAUGGACCUCUUUUUCAUCACUGAUACCAGGGAUCUUCUUCAUACAAGAGAACGGCAGAGUCAAACAAUUUUUCACCUGAAAAUUGCAUUGGGUGAAAUAUUGGUAAGUUGUGAGAUUGAAUCAGCUGGUCUGGAAAUAACCACAUUUUCGCAAGGAACUUUGUUUCUUCCUUCCUCGGUCACUGAAGACAUGUUCAAUUUAGAGCUUCCAGCAGGGCAUCCCAGUGGAUUACUUACAUCAAACCCGAUAUCCGUUACCGUCGACAACACCCUUAGCCCCUCCCACACACUUAUUCAAAUCCUCUGCCAGGACCAUAAAGGCCUAAUAUAUGAUACCAUGAGAACCCUAAAGGACUAUAAUAUCCAGGUUUCGUACGGACGAUUCUUUGCAAACCGAAAAGGUGGCUGUGAGUUGGACUUGUUCAUAGUGCAAGCCGAUGGCAAGAAAAUCAUAGACCGGAAUAAGCAAAAUGCACUAUGCUCUCGUCUUAGGAUGGAGCUUUGGUGUCCACUUAGAGUGGCUGUGGUAAGCCGCGGCCCUGAUACUGAGCUACUGGUAGCAAACCCCGUUGAAUUGUCCGCCAGAGGCCGGCCUCUUGUUUUUCACGACAUAACCCUUGCUCUCAAGAAUCUCAACACCCAGAUCUUUUCGGUUGAGAUAGGGAGACACAUGAUCUGCGAUCGUGAAUGGGAAGUAUAUAGGAUCCUACUCGACGAAGGAGAUAGUUGUCAUGUUCCGAGGAAUAAGAUCGAAGAAGGUGUUAGAAAAAUGUUAAUGGGAUGGGAAUGAUAGAUUUAAGAUAACUGAAAAAUCAUGCUCAGAAGCCUAGACUUUAAUUCCACACUCACUGUACAUCAUCACUCUUUGGUUUUUUGGGGGUUCUCUUUUGAGGUUCUUGUUGAAUGGUAGGUUCUAACAAGUUACCAACCUGUAAAUCUGUAAAGUUGCCUUCAAACAAAUGAAAAAGGAUGUUCUCUUUUACAACAA